AUGUCCAGAAUAGAUUCAGAUCUGCAGAAAGCACUUAAAAAGGCGUGUUCCGUCGAGGAGACCGCACCUAAGAGAAAGCACGUACGCGCAUGCAUAGUGUAUACAUGGGACCAUCAGUCUUCCAAAGCUGUGUUUACGACUCUAAAGACUCUGCCUCUGGCCAAUGAUGAGGUGCAACUGUUCAAGAUGCUUAUUGUGCUGCAUAAGAUCAUACAAGAGGGACAUCCGUCAGCGCUAGCCGAGGCCAUCCGGGAUAGGGACUGGAUCAGGUCUCUUGGUAGGGUGCAUCCGGGCGGGUCGUCGUAUAGCAAACUGAUUCGGGAGUAUGUGCGGUACUUGGUUUUAAAGCUGGACUUUCAUGCGCACCACAGGGGGUUUAACAACGGGACGUUCGAGUACGAGGAGUACGUGUCACUAGUUUCGGUUUCCGACCCGGACGAAGGGUACGAGACGAUUUUAGACCUGAUGUCGUUACAGGAUUCACUUGACGAGUUCUCGCAGAUCAUCUUUGCGUCAAUUCAAUCCGAGAGGAGAAAUACUGAGUGCAAAAUCUCGGCGCUGAUUCCGUUGAUUGCGGAGUCAUAUGGUAUUUAUAAAUUCAUCACCUCGAUGCUAAGGGCUAUGCAUAGGCAAUUGAAUGAUGCGGAGGGUGAUGCCGCUCUGCAGCCUUUGAAAGAACGUUACGAGUUGCAACACGCGAGACUGUUUGAGUUUUACGCGGAUUGUUCUUCUGUGAAAUAUUUGACCACGUUGGUCACCAUUCCAAAACUGCCCGUGGAUGCUCCAGAUGUGUUUGUAAUCAACGAUGUGGACGAGUCAAAAGAAAUUAAGUUUCAAAAAAGAGAAACAUCUGCAACUCCAGCGCGGACGCCAGCACGGACCCCAACACCAACACCACCUGUUGUGGCUGAACCAGCCGUUUCCCCACGUCCGGUAUCUCAAAGAACUACUUCAACCCCUACGGGUUACCUACAAACUAUGCAAACUGGAGCCACUACAGGCAUGAUGAUCCCUACCGUCACCGGCGCAGCUAACGCCAUUUUCCCACAGGCGACGGCGCAAAUGCAACCGGACUUUUGGGCCAAUCAACAAGCCCAGUUUGCUAACGAGCAAAACCGCCUCGAGCAAGAGCGUAUGCAACAGAUGCAACAACAGCAGGCACAGCAGGAAUUAUUUCAACAGCAACUACAAAAAGCACAACAGGAUAUGAUGAAUAUGCAGCUUCAACAACAAAACCAACACCAAAACGAUCUAAUUGCCCUUACCAACCAAUAUGAAAAGGACCAGGCUUUAUUGCAACAAUACGAUCAAAGAGUGCAGCAGUUGGAAAAUGAAAUCACAACGAUGGAUUCUACCGCUUCCAAACAAUUGGCUAAUAAAGAUGAGCAACUAACUGCGUUGCAGGAUCAACUGGACGUUUGGGAAAGAAAAUAUGAGUCUUUGGCCAAGUUGUACUCCCAAUUGCGGCAAGAGCAUUUAAACCUUUUACCUCGUUUCAAAAAACUGCAGUUAAAGGUCAAUAGUGCACAGGAGUCUAUUCAAAAAAAGGAACAGCUAGAACACAAAUUGAAGCAAAAGGAUUUGCAAAUGGCUGAGUUGGUUAAGGACCGUGAUAGAGCAAGGUUAGAGUUAGAAAGAUCCAUUAAUAACGCAGAGGCUGACAGUUCUGCAGCGACAGCAGCUGCAGAAGCAUUGACCGAGGAUAAAAUGAAUCCUAUCCUGGAUGCCAUAUUGGAAAGUGGUAUCAACACCAUCCAGGAGUCAGUCUAUAAUCUCGAUUCUCCUUUGAGUUGGUCGGGCCCGCUAACUCCUCCCACUUUCCUAUUGUCCUUAUUGGAAAGCACUUCUGAAAACGCCACUGAGUUUGCCACGAGUUUCAAUAACUUGAUAGUUGACGGUCUUGCCCAUGGCGACCAAACAGAAGUCAUACGCUGUGUUAGCGAUUUUAGCACUUCGAUGGCUACACUGGUGACCAACUCAAAGGCGUACGCUGUUACCACAUUACCUCAAGAACAAUCUGAUCAAAUCUUGACCUUGGUGAAGAGGUGUGCUAGAGAGGCGCAAUAUUUCUUCGAGGAUUUGAUGUCUGAAAAUCUUAACCAAGUAAGUGAUGAAGAGAAAACUGAUAUUGUCAUUAAUGCCAACGUUGAUAUGCAAGAGAAGUUACAAGAGCUUUCGUUGGCCAUUGAACCACUAUUGAACAUGCAAUCCGUUAAAUCAAAUAAAGAAACAAACCCACAUUCUGAAUUGGUUGCUACUGCUGAUAAGAUUGUUAAAUCCUCGGAACACUUACGUGUUGACGUACCUAGACCAUUGUUGUCAUUGGCACUAAUGAUUAUUGACGCUGUUGUGGCUUUGGUAAAAGCUGCUAUUCAAUGUCAAAAUGAAAUUGCCACCACGACAAGUAUCCCUCUGAACCAGUUCUACUUGAAAAAUAGUAGAUGGACAGAGGGGUUGAUCUCCGCCGCAAAGGCUGUGGCUAGUGCAACCAAUGUUUUAAUCACUACUGCAAGUAAGCUAAUCACUUCUGAAGAUGACGAAGACACAUCACCUGAACAAUUUAUCGUCGCCUCCAAAGAAGUGGCUGCUUCUACAAUACAAUUGGUAGCAGCAUCGAGAGUGAAAACUUCCCUCCACUCAAAAGCUCAAGACAAAUUGGAACACUGUUCGAAGGAUGUUACCGAUGCAUGUAGAAGUCUGGGCAACCACGUCAUGGGUAUGAUUGAAGAUGAUCAUUCAACUACGCAACAACAGCAACCAUUGAACUUCACAUCGGAACACACAUUGAAGACUGCCGAAAUGGAACAACAAGUGGAAAUUUUGAAGUUGGAACAAUCUUUGAGCAAUGCCAGAAAGAGAUUGGGUGAGAUAAGAAGGCAUGCGUACUAUAGCCAGGACGAUGACUAA